UUGUUUUGUUUUGAGACAUGACUUUGGAGAAGAAAGAGUAUAUAUCUUUGGUCUUUACUAUAAACUUAAAAAUAUUGUCGUUAAUGUUUUCGGUUUUUCUUCAUUUAACCCUAAAUGUGGCUGAGCAUCCAAUAAUGUUGACCAAAUAAAAAAUUCACAUUUUGAAAAAAGUGAAUAUUUGUACGAUACGAGUUUUCCCCAAUUUUUGUAACGCAUCAAAACUGAAUUUUAACACUGUGGUGUGUACUCUACUCAGUGAUUCUCUUCUUCGAAACGAAAUCCAUAUAUAAAUUGGGAAAUUGGUUAAGGUAACUGCAACUGAAAUGUUGUCACAGUGCCAUCUUCACUGUUACAGUAACAAUUUGUCCAUUCGAUCUCCCAAACUCAGACUCAGAGCCAUGUCCUCCUCCUCCUCUCCUCACCAAUUCAAUCACUUCGCCGAUGUCGCUAACAAGGCCGCCGACGCCGCCGGAGAUGUUAUCCGCAAAUAUUUCAGGAAAAAUUUCGACAUUAUUCACAAACACGAUCUCAGUCCAGUCACCAUUGCUGAUCAAACCGCUGAAGAGGCUAUGGUUUCCAUCAUACUAGACAAUUUCCCUUCUCAUGCUGUUUAUGGAGAGGAAAAAGGGUGGAGAUGCAGACAAGACAGUGCCGAUUAUGUUUGGGUAUUGGAUCCUAUUGAUGGAACUAAGAGCUUUAUCACUGGGAAACCCUUAUUUGGUACUCUCAUUGCUCUUUUGCAAAAUGGCACACCAAUCCUUGGCAUAAUUGAUCAACCUGUGUUAAGAGAAAGAUGGAUUGGGAUGACUGGAAAGAGGACUACACUUAAUGGACAAGAAGUGUCCACACGCACUUGUGCGGACCUUUCUCAGGCAUACUUGUACACCACAAGCCCACAUCUUUUUAGUGGAGAUGCAGAAGAGGCAUUCAUACGUGUUAGAGACAAGGUUAAAAUUCCAUUAUAUGGCUGUGACUGCUAUGCAUAUGCUCUUUUAUCUUCCGGCUUUGUGGAUCUUGUUGUUGAGUCCGGUCUGAAGCCAUACGAUUUUCUUGCACUGGUACCUGUUAUUGAAGGAUCCGGAGGUGUCAUAACUGAUUGGGAAGGGCAUCAACUCCGUUGGGAAGCUUCUCCACUUUCAAUUGCAAUAAGUUUUAAUGUUGUGGCGGCUGGUGACAAACAAAUUCAUCAACAAGCUCUAGAUUCAUUACAACGGUAAUAUGGAUGAUAACUCGAGAGUACAGUUCAAGUUCGUAAUCUUCUCUGGAAGCCGAGUCGUAGUUCAGAAUUCAGACGUUCCUAAGGAUUUGUAUUAUGAUUUAAUUGUUCUGAAUUUAUUUAUCAAAGUUCAAAUGGUGUACGCCAAUCCUUGUGAACAUUAUUUCUACACUAAAAUGUUCAGUUUGAGAUGAACCUUAUGCGGAAUCGUGAGUAGUCGGUUAAGGAUAAUUGUUGAUCACAAAUGACAAAGAUGCUAAUUGUGUUUGAAACCUUGAAUUUACUAUAGAAAAUAACGACAUGUACUAUAA